AUGGAGAUGCUGUGUGGGCGGCGGUUCGGGGCUGGCGGAGGGCGGCGAGCGGGGGCGCCGGGGCGGGGGGAGGGUGGUACCGGGGGGGGGAGGGGCGGCGCGGAGCCGACGUACGAGCACGUGCGCGAGGGGCGGAGCGCGCGGCCGCAGCUGGACGUGGCGGCGCUGAGCGAGCGGGAGGUGGAGCGGAGGCGCGGGGCCCUGCGGGGGGGCGACCUCGGCGGCAUCGUUCGCAGCUGGGCACGGCUGGGGGAGGUGCGGGCCAGCAUCGCCCGCCUGCAGGCUGAGAAGAACCAGGUGGCCCAGGGUGUGCGCGCCCUCCUGGGACCUUGGGGAGGGGGAUCUCCUCCCCCAGGCAGGGGUAUUCUGGCACGGGGAUGGGGGGGGUGUGCCCCCCACGCUCCCCCCCACACCCCCUCCUCCCCCAGCUCCCCCGCCUACACGUCGCUGCGGGCCCAAGGCCGCCAGAUCCGGCCUGAGCUGCAGCAGCUGCUGGCUGAGGAGGCCGCCCUGGAUGAGCAAUUCUACAUCCAAGCCCUGCAGCUCCCCAACCGCACCCACCCUGAGGCGCCUGUUGGGGAUGAGAGCCAGGCUCGUGUGGUGGAGGUGGUGGGAGAGAAACCAGUCUUUACCUUCAAGCCCAAGGGACACCUGGAGCUGGGUGAGAGCCUGGACAUCAUCCGCCAGCGGCGCCUGUCGCAUGUCUCGGGCCAUCGCUCCUACUACCUGUGCGGGGCCGGGGCGCUGCUGCAGCACGCGCUCGUGCGCUUCGCCAUGACCAAGCUGCUCUCCAAGGGUUUCCUACCCAUGACAGUCCCCGACCUGCUGCGAGGCGCCGUUUUUGAAGGCUGCGGGAUGCAGCCCAACGCCACCCCCUCCCCCAUCUACACCAUCGACCCCUCGCGCUUCGAGGACCUCUGCCUGGCUGGGACCUCCGAGGUGGGGAUUGCAGGGUACUUCAUGGACCAUGCUGUGCGGCUGGAGGACCUGCCCCUCAGGAUUGUCUGCUCCAGCACCUGCUACCGGGCUGAAACUGACACAGGACGGGAACCGUGGGGGCUCUACCGUGUCCACCAGUUCACCAAGGUGGAAAUGUUCGGGGUGACGGCGGCAGAGAGCGGGGCCGAGAGCGAAGCGCUGCUGGCAGAGUUCGUGGCUCUGCAGAAGGAAAUCUUCUCCGAGCUGGGCUUGCACUACCGUGUCCUGGAUAUGCCCACCGAGGAGCUGGGGCUCCCCGCUUACCGCAAGUUCGAUAUCGAAGCCUGGAUGCCCGGCCGGGGGAAAUACGGGGAGAUUUCCAGCGCCUCCAACUGCACCGACUACCAGAGCCGGCGGCUGAACAUCAUGUACAGCGACAGCGCCAGGCGGCUGCGCCACGCACACACAGUGAACGGCACCGCCUGCGCUGUCUCCCGAAUGCUCAUCGCCCUCCUGGAGUGCAACCAGCUACCGGACGGCAGUGUCCGUGUGCCCCCCGCCCUGCAGCCCCUCAUCGGCCAAACUGUGCUCACCCGGCCCCCAGCCCCGCUGCUGCGGUACAUCGGCCCCAACCAGCCUGGGGGGGGCCCCGAGGGACCCUGAGCCCCUCCCCGAACCGGGGGGAGCCCCCCCAGCUGCACCCCAACCCGGGGGGGAGGGAGCCCUAAGGCGGUCCCUGCGCCCGACAGGACACGGAUGCUGCGAGAAGCUGGCCGUGCCCUGGGCUGGAGACACGGACAUACAACAUGUGUGUCACAGGGACACGCGUGGGCACAGGGACAUGUGCGCCCCCCCAAUAAACACCUUCCCCCCGGCUGUGGACACAC